AAGAAGCACGUUGGGAUGUCAUUCCCUCACUCCCUUUGGUUUCCAUUGCAGUGGAAGAUUGAUGACAAGCCAGUAAAAAUUGACAAAUGGGACGGUUCAGCUGUGAAAAAUUCCUUGGAUGACUCUGCCAAAAAGGUCCUCCUGGAGAAGUACAAAUACGUGGAGAAUUUCCGUUUGAUCGACGGCCGCCUCAUCAUCUGCACAAUCUCCUGUCUCUUCGCCAUUGUGGCUUUGAUUUGGGAUUACCUGCACCCUUUUCCUGAAUCCAAACCUGUUCUUGCCUUCUGUGUUGUUUCAUAUCCUUUACAGAUCUUGUCUUGGUUAUACCAAAAGGGUUUGAUUUUCCACGUGARCAAAACCCUUCUGGACAUUUGCAGGCUGUGGAAAUGACGCUUCCUGUCGUGUGGACAUCAGCUGAUAAUCAGACAGUUUUCAUGUGAUGGGAAAAUUCCUGCCUGUCUGGGAGUAAUGCCCCUCAAUUUGGGGAUCUGAGGGCAGAUCUGUUUUUUUCUUCUAUCCAGAGUCUAGACACGUUUGCUUUUCCCUGAUACCACAGGUCAGGAUCUGAGAGGGGAAAGAGGGAAUUGCUGGCAGCAGCUCUGCAGAGGGAUCUGGRCAGGCUGGACCACGGGCUGAGGCCACUCUGGGGUUCAGCAA